AAAAUAUAAACUUGGCCUCCAAAAUUCAGCCGCCUCUGUUUUUAUUUUUUCAGCUGAAAGCACUGUUAAGCUCGUACACCAAGAAAAACCCAUCACAGAUUCACUCAUUUCUCUCAGUUAUCUUCAUCUGGGUUGUGUUCUUUCUCUGAAUCAGGAACUGGGCGUUACCCAAUUUCUCAAAACAAGCUUCAAAAGAUCAUAUCUCAUGGAUUGGUAUUUUGGGAGUGGAAUCGAUGAGCUUGUGGUCCCCAAAUAUCAAGAAUUAUCGGAUAGGCUUCCAUCACCAGAUAGCUGGUCAAAAUGGGGGAUAAGUGAAUCCGACGGUUUCAGGUCAUCUAACAAAUGCUUUUUCAUGGAUGCAAAUUUGGCUCAACAACAACUCAACCAUAAUGGUAAACGCAUGCAUAAUGAAGUUGAGUAUGAUGCUUUCCAUGAUAAAGAGCAUUCCUGUGGUUCGAGCGUAUGUGAGGGAUUGUCAGAGGAGUCUUUUCACCAGAGAGCAGUUUCCCGUGAUCGGCCAGACUGCCAGCUCAAUGACUUAGCAGGAUUUGAACAUCUGAAUGACAUUUUCUUGAGUUCCUUACUUGAAGAUCUGCCAGAGGCAGAAUCUCUAGAUGGGUCAUUUUACUUUUCUCCUGAAUCCCAAUGUGGCAUGAUGCCAAUUGACAAUCUAGAUUCACAGAGUAUGUGGAAUGAUGUAAACAAUACUACAAGAAACUCAAAGUAUCUCAAAAGACAUGCCUUGUCUCCAUUAGUGGAGUGGGAUAAUGGAGAUUUGACUGCUGUGCAGUUUAUUCCAUGCAACUUGGAGCAAAUUGAUCACCCACCAAUAAAGGGGCACUUUGGAGAAGACACGGUCUCUUCUGAGCAGAUUAGCACAAAUGGAGAUUUGGGUCAGGAAACAUCAGCUGAAGAAUCUGUAUUGCAAGAGCUUGAAAUGGUGAUGACACAGUUAACAGAGAAAACCCGGAUUUGCUUUCGGGAUGCCUUGUACCGCCUUGCUAAGAACUCAAAACAACACCUCCUGGCAACACACAAUGAAGAUGGAUAUCUUGCAAUGGAAAAGGCCCCUCCAUGGACAGCUCCUGAUACAACAAUGAGGUCUGAAAGUAAGAAAGCAAUGGAAUCAGAGACAAAUGUUGUUGACCGAGCCGUUGCAAACCUCAUGUUCAAUGAAAUUGACUUUAGUGGAAGAGAAUUUUCCAAUGCAGCAUCAAUAAACUCCAAUGAAGAAGUUAGUGGAGACACGCGACCACCAGUAAAAUCCAAGCCAAAAGUUGUCAAAUCUACUGGACAACUGAACUUCAGCUUGAAUGAACCCAAAAUCCAACAAGUCUCACACCAAACAAUUUUACCAGAUGAUGCUGAAGUUCCAACCCUUGCUCAAAGAGAUCCGUAGGCAAAAAGUUUCUCAAGGAACACUAUAGAGAACACUGAAAAUAAAUAAAAACUACUACUAAAGAUGUGCUGCAGAGAGGAGGAUAUCUUUCGUACUGGAGUUUGGUUCUAUGACAUAGUAGGUGAAGGUGAUCUUCCCUGAAGAUUGUCAUGAAGACAAGGAUCCAUGAAACCAGAGCUUUAUCUACCAAAAGAGCAUGAAACAAUUUUCUGAAAUGCCUUUUGCUAUUUGCAUGUAUAUACCCCUUCUAUUUAUUUCACAAGCUGGUAGUUAGUAUGCAAGCUAGUUAAACUGACUCGAUACAUUAUAGGUCUUAUUGUAUAGGUCUUUUCUUCCUUUAUAUUUACUUGGCAAGAAAAGAAAAUCUUCGGGUUUUGUUGAUGUUAUCCCACGUUACUGAGGAAGGAGUAAGGAUAUAUAUUGUUUAUGAAAUGGUUAUGCUACUUUGGAAGUUGGAGUACUA